ACGAUUUGCCAUAUCCCUGAGCUCCAAACUUUGUUGUAGAACAUUGAACUUGAAUACAUCAAGUACACAUGUUAGAUUGUACAUCAUCGUCAGCAGCAUCAGCAUCAUCAUCAGCAUCAUUGUCAAAGCUAACAAGGCUCGUGUGGUAGUACACUCGGGAAUUUAUUUGCCCUUUCUUUCUUCUACUUUAUCUUCAUUUUCUUCUCUCUUCUCAUGACUAUCAGCUCUCCAAUCAUCAUCACGAUACGACCUUGCAUACAUACAUACCUAGUACAUAUGAUAAUAUAGUACAGCGUGCUUGAUCCUGGUAAGCCAUCCAGGGAUACCGUUCCAUUCCAUUUUUUCCCCUUCUAUUCCCCCCCGCACCACCGAAGUGAUAUAUUCCUAGACCGCCUAGUAACAUUCGGGGUAGGGGUUUAUGACCAGGCCAGCCUUCUGUUGGCAUACCACAUUAUAAUAACCUGUUGCGUCGCCAUCCUUAUUUUCAUCGUUGCGUCGUCGUAUUCUCUUUCAAGGUCAACGCCCCUCGGACUCGACUAUAUACGGCCGUGCUCCUCCCGUAUUCCUAUCUUCUUGUCUUCUUUGUAUGGUCUUUUGGUUUAGCAACACCAUACCAUACCUCACCCUACUUAGUAGGUACAUAUCAACAGACACAAAUAGACAGACAGCUAUAGAAACCCUUCUUGGUUAUCUUCUAGCUGGGUUGAACAAUGGCGACAACCACUCAGAAGGAUGGCGCAUCCGCGCCACACAACGCCUAUGAUAUAGACGACUCUAACAUUCACCCUCCGCAUUAUGGCAUGACCGCCAGAGAGUAUCUUGCUUCGCGUAUUACUUCACUGAAGCCUCCCAUGACCAAAGCCCCCAACCCGAUUCGCCUGAUUCGAAUGUUAACCCUCCGCCAAUGGGCUUUCUUUGGUGUCGCAUUUUGGGCCUGGACUUGGGACGCCUUUGACUUCUUUACCGUGUCGCUUACCGUUGAUGAACUAUCUGAGGAAUUUGGAAAGACCAACACGGACAUUACCUGGGGAAUAACGCUCGUCCUAAUGUUCCGAUCCGUCGGUUCCAUCAUCUUCGGUAUCGCUUCCGAUCGGUACGGUCGGAAAUGGCCCUUUGUCGUAAACAAUAUACUUUUUAUUGCACUUGAAUUGGGAACCGGUUUCUGUAACACUUAUGGUCAAUUUCUAGCUUGUCGAGCCCUCUUCGGAGUUGCUAUGGGUGGUCUCUAUGGAAAUGCCGCUGCAACAGCUCUCGAAGACCUGCCCAAUGAGGCAAGAGGUUUGAUGAGUGGAAUCCUUCAGCAGGGUUACGCCUUCGGUUACCUCCUCGCUACCGCUUUUGCUCGUGGUCUUGUCGACACGACACCUCAUGGCUGGCGACCACUUUUCUGGUUCGGCGCUUGCCCCCCGGUCCUCUUCAUCAUCUGGCGUAUAUUCCUGCCCGAGACCGACACGUACAUCCAGCACCAGGAGAUGCGAAAAGCCAACGGCAGCAUCGGCAAGACAUUUUUGACGGAAGGAAAGGUUGCCCUCAAACAUCACUGGAUGCUGCUUACCUACUUGGUUCUCCUCAUGGCUGGCUUCAACUUCAUGUCGCACGGUUCUCAGGACUUGUACCCGACCAUGUUGAGGAACCAGUACAGCUUUAACUCCAACCAGGUCACCAUCACCCAAGUCGUGGCAAACCUAGGCGCUAUGAGCGGUGGUGCCAUCGUCGGUUUCUCUUCUCAGGUCUUCGGUCGUCGUCUUAGCAUCAUCGUGAUGUGCAUCAUCGGCGGAGCUCUACUCUACCCGUACACAUUCGUCAGCACCGAAGCCGUCAUCGCCGCCGCCUUUUUCGAGCAGUUCUGCGUCCAAGGUGCCUGGGGUGUUAUUCCCGUCCACUUGAUGGAACUGUCCCCCGGCGCAUUCCGAACCUUCGUCGUCGGCACCAGUUACCAACUCGGUAACCUCGUCUCGUCCGCUAGUUCCACGAUCGAGGCGACCAUCGGCGAGCGCUUCCCCCUCGAGCCCAAGGGCGAGGUAAAGCGGUACAACUACGGCAUCGUCAUCUGCAUCUUCCUAGGCUGCGUGUACGUGUACGUGAUCGCGCUGACGCUGCUCGGCCCCGAGCACCUGAACCGCAGUAUGGACGUGGGCCACGACGCCGACGCCGCCGAGGUCGUCGAUCAGGCGACGAUCGACAAGGCGACGGGCCACGGCCACGCACACCGCGACGCGUCCGCUAGCAUCGACGGCGACCCCGAGAAGGGAACCGCUCACCAUGCGCCGUAGGACUGGAUCAGCAACGGCUGGGCGGAGCACGAGCGCGCACGCAACGAAAUAAAGCAGAGGGAGAAGGACGCGAAAAAGGCGGCCAGGAUCAUCAUGGCAGGGUUGAGGGAUCGCAAUCGUGAGCGGAGGUCGCUUGCGGACGAUGAUGGUGAUGAUGCUGGGGAGCGCGCUGGUGGGGGAUGAAACACUUUGAUGGAUUGAAUACGUACUGCUUUUUUUGAAUAAAUGAAUAAGGGGGAGGAAUAGGAAUAAAGGGGGUUGGAAACUCGUUUGAUACCACACAACCGUGAUUUUGGAUGGAUUAGCGAUUGGAGAAGUAGGAUAGGUGGUCCUGUUAUUUUAUGUUGGCUACGCCUGCUUGAUGAUCGAACGUGACGAUGUCCAUAAGAGGGAUAAGGGGGGUGUAGAUUUGAUACGAGAAAAACAUAUAUCUGAGUCAGUAUUUUGAGUACUUGCCUGUCUGUCUAGUCGCUUGACCUGUGCUUGUGAUAUAUAUAUGUGUGUAGAGACGAGAAUAAGAGGUA